GUGAGACAAAGUCUGACGUGUGAGAUUAUAGUUCUCACUACAACUACCGAAGGAGUUUGCAAAGCAUUUAUAAUUAAACCCUGACUUUUUUAUUUCUUUCUGACGGGCUUCACAUUCAACACCAACAUCCAACAUGACGAAGCCGCAAAUCGUCGUGAAAAUACCCCCAGGCUCCGAUGCGGAGGAUAAAAGUCUCGUAUCAGCCCUGACUGAUAUUGUCAACACGGCCUACACGAAAGCCGAGUCAGAUAUCUUCAUCCCAUCAUACCAACGGACCUCCACCGCUGAAAUCGCCAAAUUCUUAAGCAACGGCCAACUCGCGGUCGCUUACCUCCAACCAAAUAACGAGCCCAUCGGCUGCGUUUUCAUCAAACUCAUAACACCCACCCUCGGAGAGUUCGGCAUGUUGGCACUUGACCCACAGUACCAAGGCACUGGUACAGGGCGACAGCUAGCGGUCUUUGCGGAAGAUGAAUGCAGACGAAGAGGUUGUACGACGAUGCAGCUAGAGAUUCUUGUGCCAAUGACGUUUCAUCAUGAAGGGAAGGCGAGGUUGCUGGGGUGGUAUACGAGGAUGGGUUAUGAGCUUGUUAAGUUGGGGAACUUUGCGGAUGACUAUCCUGAUUUGGUGAACUUGCUUGCUGGACCGACGGAGUACAGGGUUUUUGAGAAGAGUCUUGUGUAAUGAUGAAACUAGCUGUGGUAUGAAUAUAAAAAGGCUAAUGAGUUCAUGAUUGUAGUCUGGCCGCUUUGAUAGUCUCUUCUCGCAGCUGAAGAUCAAGCCGGACAUGUCAAUGUCGGAAUCUAGGUCUUGGCAUGAAUAUCAACAUCAUCCAGAAUAGCCUCAUUUCUCUUCGCAGCCG